GCCCAGGAGCUCACAACCCUCGCAGCACUCAGCACACCGCAGCCGCCGGCCGGCCGCCGCCCCACGGGUGACCGUCACGCCGCCGCCCACCGUCCACCGUCCACCGGCGCACGCCAGCCGCCGCCCACGGCCACCCCUAUAGAUUCGGAGACCGGCUCGCCUCCCCGUCACCAUCCAUCCACGCGUUCCCCUUCCCACCUCCCCCGCCAGGCCAAGCCGCCGCCACCCUUCCCCGUCGUCCCGCCAAAACCCUAGCGAAAAAUUCCCCAUUCCCUCCACGAAAGAUUCAAACCCCGCCCACAAUUUUCAAUCCUCCUCCCGCCGGACCCGAUCCCACCCCCACCUACCCACCCGAGAAAACUACCCAUUAAAAUCCCUCCCGGAUGCGCUCCAUUUCUUCCGCCAUGAGGUCGCUCCUCCUCUCCGGCCCCUCCUCCCCCGCCUUCCUCCCCCGCGCCACCGCCCUCUGCCCGCUCCUCUCGCUCCCUUUCCGGCCGGAUCUUUCCCGCCCCAGGCCCCUCGCCCCCCCGGCUCGGUCUCUCUCUAAGAAGGCAGCGCCGACGGCGGCGGCGGCCAGGACUCGGUUAGACGGCCGUGUUCCGGCGAUGGAGGCCCGGGAAGCGCAGUCCGGCGAGAUUCACGUCAUCGUCGGCCCCAUGUUCGCUGGCAAGACCACCGCGCUUCUCCGCCGUGUCCAGGCCGAGGCCGGCACCGGCAGGACUGUGGCACUCAUAAAGUCUGACAAAGACAAUCGAUAUGGAUUGGAUUCUGUUGUGACCCAUGACGGCACAAAGAUGGCAUGCUGGGCUCUACCCGAGCUUUCAACUUUCCAAGAUAAACUAGGGAGAGAGGCUUAUGAUAAGGUAGAUGUCAUAGGUAUCGAUGAAGCCCAGUUCUUCGAUGAUCUUCAUGAUUUUUGCAGCAAAGCUGCUGAUCAUGAUGGAAAAAUCGUUGUGGUUGCAGGGCUAGAUGGUGAUUACAAAAGGAACAAGUUUGGCUCAGUACUGGACAUCAUUCCCCUGGCUAACUCGGUCACCAAGCUAACAGCACGGUGUGAGCUGUGCGAUCGCCGGGCGUCCUUCACAUUGAGGAAGACACAGGAAACCAGGACCGAACUCAUUGGUGGAGCCGAUGUGUAUAUGCCUGUGUGCAGGCAGCACUACUUGGACGGGCAGAUUGUCAUCGAGGCCACAAGGAUUGUUAUGGAUAUUGAAAGAUCCACGGAAGUAGCUCGCUGCUAGUUAGGGGUGUGUGUGGCUUAUCCAGAAUAUCCCUCUCUUCAGUGUGUCAUUCAUCCAACAGCGUGUUGAGAUGUGCUACCAGUGUGUACCUGUUAUUGAUCAUCUGUGGCAGCAUGCCAGCCUGAGUUUCAGAUUAUGAGGCGUUGCCAUAUUACCAUAGGAGAACUUAAUUAAGUUGCGAUUUGAGCAGAUUGUAAAUAUUUACCAGUUGGGAAUGUUGGUGCAAAUAGCUCUUCUUUUAGAA